AGGCAGAGCGCCACGCACGCAGCAGCAGCGGCGGCGGCGGCGGCAGCAGCGCGGGCUCCGGCGGCAUGUCUAUCAGGAGGACAAACUGGUCCUCGCUGUCCAGACUGACCAGUCAGAGGUCUGUGGAGGACGAGGAGGAGGCGCAGCGAGAGCGCCGCAGACGGCAACGCCUAGAGAGCUCCGGCUCGGAAGAAGACAAGGCGUCCAGACCCACCCCGAAUGGAGACCAGCAGUCCCUACACAGGCUGCUGAGUGUGGAGGAAGAAGAGUCGCCCGCACCACUACCUGUAGCCUCCAAAAAUGAGGACCAGGGCAUCCAGCCCACCCCCCGGACUCGGGAGGAGCGGCAGCAGAGGCGACAGGUCGUGGAGGGGGCUCUGGCCCCUGUCCAUGAGCAGCUGGAGGCAGAGAAAGGUCACAGUAGUGCUGGCCUUGGGCAGGCCAAGCCCCAGCCCUGCAGCCCCAAGAAGGAGGUGGAGCCGCCCCCCAGACGCAGACUGAGCAGACUGAGCCUGGAGCGGAGGAGCCGGAGGGUCGAGGAGGAGGAGGAGCGCGAGGCCAGCACAGAGCCAGGGCAUGGCAAGCAGCGGGUCUCCGUGAAGGCCCUGUCUCCAGAGAACACCCCCGUCUCAGAGAAGUCCUCCAUCCCCGAGAGGACAUUGUCGCCUGAAAAGAGACUGGCCUUGGAGGAGACAUCCAAGAAGAGUCUGGCCCCUGAGAGAAUGUCUGUCAGGGAAAAGAUAGCAGUGUCGGAGAGCAGAGCCACCUCAGAGGAAAAACCGGCUGCAGAUAAACCAAGUGUGGCACAGAAGCUGCCGGCCCCGGGAAAGACCCCAGGCGCAGACAGGAGCUCAGUGUCCAAGAAGGCGCAGAUCUUUGAGAAGCCACUGGAGGCACAGAAGACCCCUGCCACGGGGACAAAGCUGACCCUGAGGCGGGUGGGGCAGCCCCAGGCCCCGGAGCAGGCAGGCUCUGGGGGGAGCCCCGCUGCCAGCAAGCAGAGAGGACGGGGCCUCCCUGAGGAGAAGCCCCCUCAUUCAGCAGAGGAGAGCGAGCAGGCCCCCUCUCCGUCCCCCACCGUGUGUUCCCCACUCAGGCCCGUCACAUUGCAGGUGAAAAUCUCCAACCAGCAAAAAGAAGACAUGUCCUCACCCACCCAGGCCACCCACAGCAACUUCAUUGAAUGCUCCAGCCCUAGGACCAACUUCUUUCCCAAAACCUGCACGGAAGAUAACAAAGAACAACCUGAUACCCAAAGUGCCAGCGGGAAGAUUCCAUCUCGCAGGGACAGCUUCAAGGACCCAGCCCCCAGUACCAGUUCGAGAGGCCUAACCCGCAGUGCCAGCAUGAAGUUAGAGGACAAGCUGAAGCAGUAUCACUCGGCUAUAAAGAGAACAGAAUCUGUCAAGUCUCCCCGCACAGAGGUCAAUGUGCCUCUCUCCAGCGUGGCCAGCAAGCGCAACUUCUUUGAGAAGGAGAUAAGCGGGCAGAGCCGAGCAGAGCGAGUCUCCAGCAUGAAGGAGAGCUUGAAACUCUCAGGGGUGGUGACUGCAAAGGUCAACCUGUGGAGCAUCAGGACCCAGGAGUCUGUCGUGGAGGACCGCCAGGAGGUGCGGAAAGCUCCAGCAUCCAUGACGGCAGAGUCCUUCCUGGAUGUUGAGGUGUGACGAGCGGACCCUCACAGACAGACAUGCCACGCUGCGCCCAGGGGACCUUCCUCCUGCCAGGGUCCUGCCUCCUGCCUCCGUCCCCACCUCUCAUUGUCCCUGCUCUUCUGCCUCCGCUUGACACCAGGAAAGUUGGGGAGCUGCUCCCCAGCCCAGCUUCUAGAGGCACAUGUGUCCUGCCCUCAGGCUUCCGCCCUGGAGAUCAUGGGACCCCACGUCUCCCGGGGUAUGUCCCUGGGUGUCUUUCCAGAGAACACCCCUACUUCUGGCUCACAUCCAAGGCCAGGGUGGAGCUGACCCCAUCUCCAAGGUCCUGUCUGAUCUAUUCCCAGCAGUUGCCUCCGCGUGCCUCUGACGUCCGUCUUCCCUGAAGCCUCCAGCCAGGUCCCUGGGCUGCUCCAGCCCACAGAGGCGC